AUGCCCGUCCUAGAGACUGCAAACAUUAUUUGGAAAUAUCCUGGAUUUCGAGAGGUUAGACUUAGAGGGGCAAGUAAUAUGGCAUACUUUUUUCGUUAUAUUAUUUAUUAUUUGGAAUUAAAAAGAGGCCUGCUCUUUAACAAAAAUGGUGAACAUCUUGAUCUUGGAAACUUAAAAUUUGGGCUAUUGUUAAUGCAGAAUGAAACCAGUUAUUUCACUGAAAAUUAUCUUACUGAUGAAUAUUUCAUCAAUAAGUUGCGCUCGCAACAUCUCUCGGAAUGCUAUAUCCUAUCUGGGCGAGUAUCUGUCUUCAUCAUUCAAAUACUGCGGCCGGAUUUUCAAAUGCAUAUGUAUGUUGCACGUAUGGAAUCUUUGAGGCCUUCGAGAGUCGCGUUUUCGAUAUUCACUGCCCACUUAAAUGCCUUGUCGAACGCUGCGAUGGAAGAAGGGUUUGUCCUAAAUUCCGUAAUUGUCUUAAGGAUGAAUUCAUCAUAA